UCACAAUUAUAGGGGCAGCCGCCCUGAUACAGUGAUUGAUAUGGUGAAACCGAUGAAUUUUACAGGCGGGUUAGAGUUCACAAAUCUAACGUAUACAGUCAUGAAGAAGAAGAAGAAUGAUGAUGGAAAAUGGGUGAAGCAAGAAGCUGAUUUGUUGAAUAAGAUCACAGGUUAUGCACCGAAAGGGUGCAUCACCGCGGUUAUGGGUCCUAGUGGUGCUGGCAAGUCUACUCUUUUGGAUGGGUUAGCGGGGCGGAUUGCUAGUGGCAGCCUUAAGGGAAAGAUGUCCUUGGAUGGGGCCGAGAUGAGCCCGAGCUUGAUCAAGAGAACUUCUGCUUACAUUAUGCAGGAUGAUCGGCUCUUCCCAAUGCUAACAGUUUAUGAAACUUUAUUGUUUGCAGCUGAUUUUCGGUUAGGAUCCAUCCCACGGGCUGAAAAGAGGCAGCGUGUUGAAACUUUAAUCGAGCAACUAGGCUUAUCGACAGCAAGGAACACAUACAUCGGGGAUGAAGGGACUCGAGGGGUAUCAGGAGGUGAACGUCGUAGGGUGUCGAUUGGUGUAGACAUCAUCCACGGACCAUCUUUGCUUUUUCUAGACGAACCCACUUCAGGUUUGGACUCGACCAGUGCUCAGAGCGUGAUCGAGAAAGUUCACGACAUUGCCCGAACCGGAAGCACGGUCGUUCUAACCAUCCAUCAGCCUUCGCACCGAAUCUUGGUUCUCCUUGACCACCUCAUUAUAUUGGCUCGCGGACAACUCAUGUACCAAGGAUCCCCGAAAGACGUGGGGCUCCAUCUUGGCCGCAUGGGCCGAAAACUUCCUAAAGGCGAAAACCCUAUUGAGUUUUUAAUUGAUGUGAUACAACAAUAUGAUCAAUCCGAAUACGGAGUCGAUGCAAUGGCUGAAUUUGUUCUUACGGGUAUGAAGCCCCCUCCACUUUCAGAAAGUGAAAUGUCGUUUUCGACCAUCCAUCCUUCUCCGACGCCACCACCGCGCCGCGGUAAACCAAGCCAUGAUCAAGGGGCCUCAGGGAAGAGACUUCACCUCGAAACCGUUGGGCGGUCCGAACAAGAAAAGGAUUUUGAUCAUAGUGUGAGAAGCCCUUGGAAUAAUAGUGGUAGGUCAUGGAGCCAAAGUGGACUCAUGGACUCCCUUAAGUUCACUCCUACACGUAAGCGCAAUGAUCAGAGAAUGCAAAAUCCUUCGAGUGCCUCUCCCUACUACACCAACUCGAGUGAUAUUAUAAUAGGAACCCCAACUCCACACAGUAGUGACUACACGGUCAACGAAGACGACUAUCUCACCCCAAACAAUGCACCAAACACUGCAAAAUAUAACCAUCUCGGUCCCAAAUUUGCAAACUCAUUCUUUGCAGAAACAUGGGUCCUGAUGCGCAGAAACUUUAUAAACAUCAGAAGAACCCCUGAACUAUUUCUUUCACGGCUCAUGGUGCUGACCAUCAUGGGGUUUAUGAUGGCCACUUUGUUCAUGAGACCUAAAGCCACAAUGCAAGGAAUAACUGACCGCCUCAGCUACUUCAUCUUUACAGUCUGCCUGUUUUUCUUCUCAUCAAACGACGCUGUCCCCGCAUUCAUCCAAGAGCGGUUUAUCUUCGUUCGAGAGACUUCGCAUAAUGCGUAUCGCGCCUCUUCAUACACCAUUGCAGGGUUGAUAACUUAUCUACCAUUUCUAUUACUUCAGGCUGCAGUGUAUGCUGGUAUCACUUGGUUUGCAUUACGGCUAGAAGGCCCUUUUGUUUAUUUCUUGAUCAUGCUCUAUGUGUCCCUCCUCACCACAAACUCAUUCGUCGUGUUCGUUAGCUCGGUUGUCCCUAAUUACAUUCUUGGGUAUGCGGCUGUUAUCGCGUUUACAGCUUUGUUUUUCUUGUUUUGUGGGUAUUUCUUGAAUAGCCGUGAUAUUCCGCCUUACUGGACUUGGAUGAAUAAGGUUUCGACGAUGACAUACCCGUAUGAGGGGCUGCUGAUAAACGAGUACCAAAGGGAUGAAGUUUUCGGUCAGACUCUUAUAGGAACAAACGUGACAGGAGUUGACAUUCUAAAGUCGCUGAGCAUUUUUCAUGAAAAGAAUCCGAAAUGGAUAAAGAUUUACAUAAUGUUGGGAUGGGCGGUCCUAUAUAGGAUAUUGUUUUACAUUGUUCUUCGUUUUGCUUCCAAGAACCAGAGGACAUAAGUGGAUUACAAGAAAAGGGUGAUCUUGAAUUAGACGGUUGCAGUUUAUGUUUCAUUUAAUCUUGUUAUAUAUGAGGGGAUAUGUAUGACAUGUGAAGUUGAUUAGAGUUGUAAUUCCCAAAACAUAAGUACAAACAGACAAAAUGAGGUUCAUUCAAAUAAUAUAUCAAUGACAUAUUGGCUUGAUCAUGGUUUCCAUAA